AUGGGCUUAAGGCAAUCAAAAGAAGAAGCUGAUGUCUUCGACGAAAUUCCAGAUUUAGAACUAUCAUCAAUUAUUCUAGAGAAAAACAACAUCAGUCAUCAUGAAAUUAUUUGUUUACAUGCAAAUAUUAUUAAUAACGCCGUUGAACAAUCACAAUUACGUUUUUUGGAAAAUAAAGCAAAAAUGUUUGAUGAUUUUGAUGAAUGUGUAAAUUAUAUACAAUCGAAUCAAGAAGAAAAAAUAUUUUUAAUUAUAUUUGAAUUGUUGGAAGAAAUUUUUAUUCAAACCAUACAUGAUCUAUCGCAAAUGAUAGCGAUUUACAUUUAUUCUACUAAAAAAACUAAAUAUGAACUAUGGCCGACAGCAUCUUAUCCAAAACUUAAAGGGGUUUUUGAUAACAAAGAUAUACUAUUAAAUAAAUUGGCCGCAGAUGCUAAAUUUUACAUCGAUGAAUUGAUACCAAUUAGUGUAUUUUGUCUAAAUGAAAAUGAAACUUCAAUUGAACAUUUGAGUAAAGACAGUGCAUCGUUUAUGUGGUAUCAAUUAUUAUUUGAUCUUCUAAUUAGAUUGCCACGAUCGGAUUCAAGUAAAGAAUCUGAUGCGAAAGAAAUGAUUGCUGAGUGUCGUUUAUAUUACGAAGAUGAUAUAAGUAAAUUGAAAGAAAUUGAUUAUUUUGAACAAAACUAUCCGUUUAAGAAACCUACUUACUGGUAUACAUGUGAUACAUUCUUAUACAGACUAUUAAACAAAGUUUUACGUUCGAGAAAUAUUGGUGCCAUUUUAAAAUUUCGAUAUUUUAUUAUUGAACUCUAUGAACAAUUAUCGCGUGAAUACAAGUUGAGAUUACCGAAACUGAGUGGUAAUCUCAUUGUCUAUCGAGGCCAAAUGAUACAUGAAGAAGAACUAGAAAAAAUGAAAAACAGUAUUGGAGAUUUAAUAUCGUCAACUACGUUUAUGUCAACAUCAAAAAAGAUCGAGGUAGCGACAGAAUUUAUUGCUACGGCUACGGAAAAAUGCAUUCUUUUUGAAAUAAGCGUUGAUCAAGGUAAAGCGGCACUGAAACCUUACUUGGAUCUUAGUCCUUUAAGUUCAAAGCCAGAUGAAGCUUUAAGUUCCAAACCGGAUGAAGAAGAAGUUUUAUUUUCAAUAGGUAGUAUUUUUCGAAUAAUGUCUGUAAAAAGGUUACCAACGAAUAAUUACUGGACAAUUAAUUUAUCGUUGACUGAAAAAGUAGAUGAACAAAUGGAACAAUUAAUGGAAUAUUUUAGAGUAUAUAAUUUAGAAAACGAGACUAAAUCCCCUCUCUUUCAUUUGGGUGAAUUUUUAAUGACCAUAGCAGAAUAUGAUCAAGCUGAGUAUUAUUUUAAAAUUCUGCUUCAACAAUUACCAUUGCUAGAUCAUACUGUAAAAGGAAUGAUGUUUAAUUCAAUUGGAAAAAUUUAUUAUAAACGAGAAAAAUAUUCGUCUGCUUUACAAUGGUAUAAUCGAUCACUUACCGUUUUAAAAAAUGUAGCUCCAUUGUUAGCUGGAUUGAACUAUAUUGAUAUAGGUAGUCUAUAUGAGAAACAAGGUGAUUAUUCUAAUGCGAAGAAGUAUUUACGAUUCGCAUUUAAAUUAUAUUCCCAAUCAUCAUCAACACCUCCCACUAUCCUGGCAAAACUUUAUGAAACUGUUGGCUUAGUUUAUUAUCGUAUGAAUAACAUAUUAUUAGCUGAAAGAAAUUAUACUGAAGCAAUUCUACUAUAUUGUAAAUUUUUACCACCAACACAUCCACAUCUAGCCGUGAUAUACAAUACCCAUGGUGAUUCAUUAGUGAGAUCAGGUCAAGCUAAUAAAGCAUUAGAAGCGUAUAAAUACGCAUUAUCAAUACAAGAAAAAAGAUUACCACCAAACAUUCGUAAUCGCAGUAUGUCUGAAACCUAUAAUCGUAUAGGAUUAGCAUAUGAUGUACUAAAAAACUAUAGUAAUGCUUUACUGAACUAUAAUCGAUCGCGUGAAUUAUUAUCCGAUGACGAUCCACAUUUAUGUAUUGUCAUGGAUAACAUCAAACAAGUAUCAAGAAAACUAAACAAAUAA